AGCUCUUUCCUCUCCACCACCACCCAACAACUCCCUUCGCACGCACGCAAGCUUGCCUGCACGCUAGGCCUCAUGGCACGACGGCCAGAUGGCAUCGAGCAAUCUCGCUCCAUGACCUCGACGCUGAUGGCGCCCUUUGCCGCUUGCCUGCCCUCAUCUCGACGAGACGAUGGCCCUUCGGCCCCAUCCUUUCACACGUUCCUGCAACGACAGGGCGAUGAGACCUCUCGCCUCCUCUCCUACGACGACUCGGACGCCAUUUCCCUCCUCUCCAACAUCGCUGAUCGGGAUGGCCGCUCAAGCAAAGCUCGUAGAAGAGCACGAGCUCGGGCUAGGCAGAGCGGGCUGCUAGGCAUGGGUGACUUUGCCAGUCGGCUGUUGGCGUGUGGGCUGUGGGGUAGACCAGCAAGUAGUGUACAGCAGGCACCACCAUCUCGCCGACACUCUAGGUCCCAAAGCGCAGACAGCUCGGCGUCGGGUGGGUCAUUGGGGGGAGAAAGCGAUGCUGGAUCCCUGGGCGAAGAAGCCAUCCAUAGACUCGCACGAGACCCUGUAUCAAUGCCGCAGGAGGCGCCCGCAGAGGAUGUAGCGGCUGAACAGGCCGCAGAAGAAGCAGCGCUGGCCCAAGAGGAAGAGGCAGCCAUCGUCAGAGCUCGCCACAGAGCAGAGAGAAAGGCGGCAAAACGAAGGGCUAUCGAGGCCGAGGCGGAGGCUGCUGCUGGAGGCUUCGGAAUCGCAGACGUGGAUGACCACGGCGAAGACCUACCUGGCGAGCAGCUCGGCGGCCAAUACGAGGAUGCGGGCGAGCAAGGCGUCGUACAUCACCAUCACUACUACUUUGAUGAUCAAGAAGGACAGGGGCCCGAUUACUCAGAGCAACCAGUCUCCCAGACUUGCCACAUCGUAGAAGACGCCGACGAGACGCCUCGAGGACCACCACAGCCAGCAGAGGAGCCAGAAGAGGAAGAGGACGAAGCCGACAUCGCCGGGUUGGGUCUCAGCUCUCGCCGCAAAAGAAGCAAGGGCGGCACGAGUCACAGCGGCGGCAGCGCAUCACACGACGGAUCGAGCUCCGGGACUGGACGUCGAGGCUGGCCGCAAGGCUCUUCAUCGUCAGGAGGCGAAGGGCGCUCAAAGUAUCUCAUGCCCCGUCACCACCACAACGCCUCCACCCCCGCCGCAAGCAGCGAGGUGGCGAGUAGCAGCACAGGCAGUGGAGGCAAGACAUCGUAUCGAGAGCACCGCAAACGCACCUCGCAUCGUCGAGGACAGUCAAUGUCCUCGAACGUAGCGGGCAGCGACCACGGCAACGGCAACAGCAACCGCAGAGGAUCAUUUGCCUCGCCGAUGCUAGAGGAAAUGACAGAGGAAGAGAAGCAGCGCCGGGCCGAUGCGGCUGCUGGUGGGUUUGACGAUUUCGAGGUACCGUCCCACAUCGAUGAGCAGUCACACGAUGACGCCAAAGAGGAGCGUAAGAGGCGCAGUAGGGAUGACUGCCAGGAUAACGACGAAGAUCUCGAGGGCCUGUGAGCUGUACGACAUUGUGCCUGUGUCGACCCUAUACCGAAACCUGAAUGACAGCCCCAUAGCUACGAGGACGCGCUGCAGACUUGAUCAGGUGACGAUUCAUAGAGAUAAAUACACAUAGACGAGCCCAGGCUUUCACUGCGAUCCCUUUCAAGUCGUCGAAUGACGAUGCACCACUGCCGA